UCAGUGCACAAAAACCAGCACGCACAUACUCCCUCUCGCACAGACACAUACACUCUCAGCAACCUGAGCCUGAACAGGAUGGAGAAAAUAACUGCCGCUGUUCUUACAGUUAUAGGUGCCUUGUUGGUUACAGCUGUUGUUAGCCAAACUACAGAACACACCAACGCACCAGCUUAUAGUAAUGCUUCCACUCAGUUAGGAGAUAAAGAAAACCAUACAGAGAUCAGCAGUUCGACCACAAAAGUCACUGAUAGCCCCAUCUCAAGCAGUCCUACAUCAGCACAUGAAAACAACACAUCCACCAACAAUACUGCUUCACCUAGUUUUGUUACCACAACCGCAACCAACAAGACAGUGCCAGAUAACACGACUGAACCAGGAAUUAACAAUUCCAAUUCACCUGAUAUCGAGACUGUGACAGAAGAACCCCACUCACCUUCAAAACCAGCAACAACUCAGCAGACUAUGGGACAGUUUACGAGCCCAAAAACUACUCACAGCCCCGCCACAGGCAACAAAAUAACAUACAUCAUCAUCUUCAUCAUCAUCAUCUUGUGUCUUAUUGGUGCCAUCGUUUAUUGCUGUGUUCAGAACAAAUCCCGAAAGUUCUCUCUAGAACAUAGCAAAAAUGAAGAUGCUCAGAUUCCACUUAGUGCAGUGGAGCCUGAAGUGUUUGAGGCCAGCCCGCCUAAAGACAUGCAAACCUUCAGUGCUGCUGAAUCCAGCGUGCCAGCUAACAGUGCCCCACCAGCAGAUGGAGCAGAGAAGCAGGAAGGAGAGAAAGCAACGACCGAAGCCAAUCAACAAGAAAAGGAGAACUCAACUGGCACCCAGGCUACUCUACCACUAAGUGAGAAACCCAGCGAGCUGACUGUUGUGGAUCUGAGUGAUGGAGAUCCAGCUAUCUCUACCAAGACCUCAGUGGAGUCUCUGGAUAUGCCACUUAAUGAAAACAACAGCAACAACCGAGCACAAGCAAAGAUGUAUGGUUUUAGUGGUGACUUCACCGAGAUCUGCCUUGAUGAUGAGAUUUAGGUCAAGCCAAAUCCACUUCUUCUCUAGUUUUAUGCAGUGACUGAGGAGAAAACGACUAACCCACAUAACUGGAAACAUGAGCCUGCUUAACGGACAAAGAACACAGAAGAAAUAUAUAUUUUGUCAAAAAUAUAUGUCUUUUACCAAGCUCUUUUACCAACCUAUUAUUUUCAUCAAAACAGCUUUAAGAUAUGCUAUAAAUAUUACUUUCAUUUCAGAUGCAGUUUAGGGAGGACAAAACACAUCAAAAGUCAUAGUUAACGUUCACUGUAUGAGUCUAACAUGUCUCUAUGUACUGUCAUAUGCAAAGGUUUGAACACUUUUGGUCAAAUUACAUAUGUUGUUGAAGUGAAAAAGUUAACACAGCCUCCACGGAAUGGCAUUUUUCUGCAAAUUUUAAUUUAAUGCACAUUUUUUAUUUAUUUGGUAACUUGAACUUAUUGGACAAUAUAUGUAUAUAUGAACUAAAUAUAAGCUUUUGCAUAUGGCGGUAUUAUUAUGAAUUCUAAACUAUGGAUUUAUGUUAAAGAAGUGCACCGGAUUAAUUACAUAGUUUAAAAUGUGGACCUGUUUUUCCAUUGAUUCAUACUGUUUACACUGAUUACAGUUUAGAUUGUUGAUUGUUAUGAGUCUAACAUGCCUGUAUAUAUAAUGGCAUAUUUUUUUUGCUUAUUGUAAAAAGGAUAUAAUGCCUUAAUAAUCAUCCUUAUUAUGGUAUCUCUAAACCCGAGACUAACGGUUGCUCCCUUGGUUUGGCAGUGUCUGCUUGAGAGUUUGACGUGAUAAGCCUGUGGUACUCUUUAAUUCUCAUUGCUAAUUGUUUUGUGUGUUGACUUUCUAUGUGGAUUUUUUUUUUUUGAUAAAUACAUUAAAAUAGUGUAGAUUAGACUAUAGUCUAAUAAUAAAGAGUAUACAGUACAUUGUCCAUUCCGAUGAAGUAUUAAAGAUCUAGGACAUUUUGUUGCUCCUGGCACUUGUAAGUAAAAUUAAUCUUUUUUCUAUAAUUUUAUAUUUCAUUUUGAUGUUUCAUAUUUUCAUUGUGAUGACUAUGAUUAAGAUGAUCUUUCUGUAUUUUUCUGUAUAACUUUGUGCUUAUUUUCAAGAUAUACAGUACCAUUCAAAAGUCUGUAAAAACUGUAAAUCAUUUCUUUCAUUAUCUAGUGUGUCUAGCUUUCUUUUUGGGAGGCCUGCUUUUAGUUUUUAAAUAAAACCUGCAGGGAUUUUUUUUCUACACCCCUAAAGUUCAGUCUUAGAAGUUGGUUGCAUUUUUCGUUUAAUACUGUACUGCACAGUACAAUAUGGUACUAGUACUAUGGUCGCCAAGGCUGCAGCUUUUAUUAAAUUGUUCCUACUGCUGUUGGGCAGUUUGCAGUGAGGUGAGUGGUCAUAAAAACGCCUCCAUGCUUUAUGGCUCAUAGGAAGUGGUUUAGACAGUAAGAGCUCUCUCCAUUUUCUUUGUGAGGCAUCUCCACUUGCUCAUGCAGUGUGGGAAGCUUCUACUCGACCUUGCAGUUACUCUUUGUACAGUGUGUGCUCUGUAGGAGCAGCACUAUUUUACGUGCUCUUGACCAUGAGCAAGCCUUACGGUUAUAUUAAGGCUUGAUACUUGUAAAGAUGAAUGGAAGAAAUAUAUAUAUGCAUAUACAUAUACUGAAUGUCAAUAUUUAGGAACAUAUUUAGGAUAUACUAUUCAUCUAAAAAUAUAUAGUAUAUAUGUGUAAAAAUACAUAUGUAAUGGUGUCAAUUUUUAAUAUUUACAUGUAUGUCAGAAAUACAUGUAAAUAUAUUGUACACUAUUGUUGACAUAUUUUGAAGCAUAUAUAUGUACAUAUAUUUCCUUUUCAUAUGGAUUUGUGGUUAAGUAUAUUUCCCCUUUUGGAUCAUAAAAUACAUCUAUCUGUGUAUCACCUACCUGUAUUACUAAAAAAAUGAAAAUUGCAAAUGGUUGUUAAAAUGCAUGUAUUAUUGUAAUGCUUACAGUUUAAAUUCAACAAGUUCAAAAGUUUCAUUAAAUAAAAAUGAGCUAAAAAUACA